AUGGCGGGAAAGAUCACUAGAAUUACUCUUUUCAAAAUACCUGACGAGGAAAGUCAGAAGAAAGUCUUGGGCUUUUACCAGCAGAUGCCGCAGAAAGCUCUCAAGGCCUAUGUUGUCACCUUCCCUUCGGCGAAGAUGCGCGACUUAGCCCUCACAAACCAAGUCGCUAAUGUACCGCAGGACGGAGAGCCUUAUAUCUUGUCCGUCAAAGCCGCUUUGGCCGUGGCUGAUCAAAGAGCGCAAGGGUUCACCAUAGCCGCCAUCUCUACAUUUGCAUCUGCCGAAGACAUGGCCUAUUACGACAAUGAGUGCGCGGCGCACGCAGAGCUGAAAGCUUUCGCCAAGGGGGCUCAUCAAGGAUUUGCAAUGGUUUAUUUCAAGGAUUGA